GAGACUGAACUGUUGUUCUCUUAGCCAAUCAGAAGGAGACUUUUUGGCGAUGAUGAUGCAGUGGAGUUCAAGGUUGACUGCAGCUGCGUAGUGAAGGUUGAUGAAGAAAUACACACAUCUAGCUGUGAAUGGACACGAGUCAGGAUUUCUGAAGACUGGCAGGAUGUUUCGUGGUUUCUUUGUGAAGACGAUUAGCUUUGUCGGUUACACCGUCCAGUAUGGCUGCGUCGCUCACUGUGCCUUUGAGUAUAUCGGCGAAUUUGUGUCGUGUUCUGGGCCUUCCAUGGAACCCACCAUUACUAACCAUGAUGUGGUUUUCUCUGAACGAGUAAGCCGUCACCUCUGUCGAAUAAAAAAAGGGGAUAUCGUAAUAGCCAAAAGUCCUUUUGAUCCAAAGAUGAACAUUUGUAAACGAGUGAUGGGGCUGGAGGGGGACAAAGUCUGCACUAGUGGACCAUCAGACGUCUUUAAAACACACACUUACGUUCCAAGAGGCCAUGUGUGGCUGGAAGGCGAUAACCUUCGAAAUUCCACAGAUUCCCGAAGCUAUGGUCCAAUUCCCUAUGCCCUGAUCCGAGGACGCGUUUGCUUAAAGAUGUGGCCACCGCAUAGUUUUGGCGUAUUGGCUGAAAGUCCUAAUGACGGGCGCAUUUUAUGAAGAAGCUGUGUGCAUGUGUAGUCGCAAUGUAAAUUAUAUUUUUGCAAUGUUUUAAAAUAAAUCCAUAUUUAUAAUUCA